AUGAUUACUCCUAGAUUUGAAAUUACUCAAGAUGAUUCCUAUUUGUUCGUGAAAGUUCAUAUUUCAUCCAUUAGAUUUAAUUCUAACAACGUCGAACUAAAUGUAACCGGAAAUGUUUUGAUAUUCCACCUAUCACCUUAUUAUUUACGUCUUCGUUUUGAUAACCAACUUCAAGAAGAACCUGAAUUGGAAGAUGAUUCUACUGAUAGCACCAUAACAGAAAAAUCAAUGGCCACAUUUGUACCUGGAGAAGAAGCUAUUCUACUUAAAGUUCCAAAGCUAAAUAAGGGCCAAGUGUUUGAAGAUUUGGAUUUACAUAGUAAACUGUUAGCAAGACUCGGGGAGAAUGGCGCUCAAAAUACAGCUGUACCAAAGGGUCCACUUAUCCAAGAGAUAGAUGGACAAAAUUCCGUUGAUUCUCAACAACAAACUGAAUCUUUAGAAAAUAUUGAAAAGACAGGUAGAUUAUUUGAUUGGGAAAUCGAACAAACGGCCCAUACUGAAUCAGCAAACGACCUAUUAGGCUUUAAAUACGGGUUCAAUAAUAAUUAUAAUGAUAUAAUCGGAGUCUCUUUAUCUAAUGGGAAUGAUAUAAAUGAACUUAAUGACCCUGAACAUACGAGUGCUAAUGAUAGGGUGAAGGAAAGAUCAGAUAAAGGUAACUUUAAAUUUGAUGCCGAGUACUAUAUAUCUGAAUAUAUGACUUCUAAGUACGGUAAUGAGGAAGAUAUUGAAAUCAAUGGUAUAAAUGAAUUAUUGAAAUUUAAUCCACCUUUAGCUAAACAAUUUUUAAAAUGGUACAAAAAAUAUCCUACUAAUGAUGAUCCUAUGCCAAUACAGUUCAACGAAAAGGAACAAACACAAAUGCAAAACAAUUUACCUAAGAAGGAAUAUUUUGUUAAUCCACAAUGUGUGAAGACAAAUUAUAUUACAAUAUUAUCGUUACUAUUUAGUUACAAUUUUGAACAAAUUGAAAACGAAGGUACACAUAACUCAGAGACAAGUUGGACAAUUGGUAAACUAACUCCACAAAUUUCAUUUUUAGAUCAACAAUUGAAAUUAGAUAAACCUCAAACAAACAAUAUUCUUGAAGUAUCACAGAACAACCUUACCACCGAAAACAAUAGCGAUGAAGAAUCAAUUAUUAGAUUAGCUAUUGAGAUCGGUAUUAAAAGAUCUCUAUCAUAUCCACUCCAUAGAAACUUUACAUUAUCUAAAAAAGCAUGGACAAAUACAUAUUAUUUAUUAAGAGGUGGUAAACGAUUGGUGAUAAAAGCACUAUUAGAUAUCCAUGAAUGUUUUAGAUUUCAUGAUAUUUAUUAUGUUUACAAUAAAGUUUUGUUAGAUGAUCUUUGUUCAUGGUUCAUCAGCUAUGGUGAUGAAGUAAUUAUAAGAAGUCUUGCCAUUCAAAUGAAGAAAGAACUUGAUACAAUUACUGAAGAAAAUAUCAGUUUUGAUUGUAUCUCUGAUGUCAAUUUGGAAACAGCUGAGCCUAUCACUGAAAAUUUGACACUAAGAGAGAUGGAAAUAUUAACAGAAAGUGAAUACCUUGCACAAAAGGGUCUAGAUACAGAAUAA